GCGCUCGGUCCCGCCUCCCGGAAGGGGAAGCCGGCUCUGGCCCGGCUCCGCCUCCCUCUGGCGGCCAUCUUGGAUAGCCGCGGCGGCGGAGGGGGGCAGCGGACGGACCCGGAUCCCGGCGCUUGCUCUGUCCCGCCUGACGCUCCUUGUCCCCCCUCCCCGCCGUCUGCGGCCGGCCGGAGCUUCCCCGAGGGACGGAGCGGCCGAGGCUCCCGCCUGAGCAGCGAGAGAUGAGCAACAACAGUAAUAAGAGAGCACCAACAACAGCAACGCAGAGACUUAAGCAGGACUACCUUCGAAUUAAAAAAGAUCCAGUGCCUUAUAUCUGUGCUGAACCCCUCCCAUCCAAUAUCCUUGAAUGGCACUAUGUUGUACGAGGCCCUGAAAUGACUCCGUAUGAAGGUGGCUAUUAUCAUGGGAAACUAAUUUUCCCCAGAGAAUUUCCUUUUAAACCUCCUAGUAUUUAUAUGAUAACUCCUAAUGGAAGAUUUAAAUGCAAUACAAGGUUGUGUCUUUCAAUCACUGAUUUCCACCCUGAUACAUGGAAUCCAGCUUGGUCAGUCUCAACAAUCUUGACAGGCCUCCUUAGUUUUAUGGUGGAAAAGGGCCCCACACUGGGCAGCAUAGAAACCUCAGAAUUCACAAAAAGACAGCUUGCUGCACAAAGCUUAGCAUUUAAUUUAAAAGAUAAAGUCUUCUGUGAGCUGUUCCCUGAAGUGGUGGAGGAGAUCAAACAAAAACAGAAAGCACAAGAAGAGCUCAAUAACAGACCUCCACCCCUCCCGUUACCGGAUGUUGUCCCAGAUGGGGAAGCACACCAUGGUCAAAAUGGAAUACCGCUUCUUAAUGGGCAUGUACCACUGGCAGCUGCCAAUCACCCAGGUCUUCAGCAGGCCAAUCGUAACCAUGGACUCUUAGGAGGAGCUUUGGCGAACUUGUUUGUUAUAGUUGGUUUUGCAGCCUUUGCCUACACAGUCAAGUAUGUACUGAGAAGCAUAGCGCAAGAAUGAGGAACAUAACAGAAGUCCAAGACCAAAUUAGUGGUAGUUGCAGAAUGAGUGGGACUCUGGGCAUCAGACUCUGACACUGGGAUAAAUAUUUGUGCUACCAUGAUGCAGGUAAUAUAUUGGUUGGCUCAUGGGUUUAGUUUGGAAAAUGAAGCAGGUGUGAUUUGUUAGGGAAGAAAAAGGUGUUCUGCUCACAGUUCCUUUGUCCUCACUACAGUUUUAAGUGGUUCACUAGCAAGUCAAAGCAUUAUUGAUGUGAAACUGGCAUUUUGAAUGCUUUGAUUUUUAUAGCACUUACCCCCUUGUUUUCUGAAAUUAAAAAUCUUUUAAGUAAAUGAGGCUUUUUACCAGAUUGAACAAUUUUUAAAAUAUGACACUUGAAGAUGCAUAUCAUAUGUUCAGCGUACGUUUUCAGCUGAGAAUUUCAUUUGCGAAGAGUCAAAUGGUACAAGUUUGGAAUGAGUAAAGUGCAAGUUUCCUCACCGACUUUACUUCCAAAAGGCCUGGUUAAUGUGAACGCUGAUGUUACAGAAAGCAGCUAGUUCACUUUGUAAUAGAGAAUGAAUGUCAUUGCAUAUGUGGUCAGUAACAAUAAUUAGAUGAAUUGGAAAGUAACACAAUGUGUGUUGGUUAAAUAUGUUUUGUCUAAAUUGUCACAGUAACAUUUAAGAAGGUUUACUUUGGCUACAAGAAGUGCAGUUGCCAGCCCUUGAAAACCAUUUGCACGCAAAAAGCAAUUAAAAUGGAUUUAGUGAUGGUGCUCAUAAGCAAUUUUUUCUUUUAACUUUUUGGUUUUGUUUCCUUAAUUACAAUUUUCCAUUUUGGAAAUUAGUGUGAUUUAAAAGUGAAACAACUUGUGCUCAAAAAGAAAACAUGUUUGCCACUGUUCUGUUUAAAAUAUCUGCAAAGAACAAUGAAGAAUGUCGUAUAUUUUUUCAGAAGAAAUAUCCUUGGAUUCUGGGUUUUUCGGUGAGUGAAAUGACAUUGCCCCUUUAGGGCCUAAUGAGGAAAGAAAAAGGAGACUGAAUACUGAGCCAGCUUUUCAGAAGACUAGUGGAUUCCUCUGAAGUGCUCUAAUUACAGUAAAUUUAAGCCAUUUAUUUGCAAUCAGUUCAAUUUAAAUUACUUGACCCUGUUUUCAAACUCCAUUACAAAAAGACCUUAUUCUAAGAGACUUCUUAUUUUGCUUGAAUUAUGGAAGCCCUCUGCUUCUAUUCAAUUUAAUUCUUAGCCAUGGCAUAUGACCACUGGAUGAUGAUUACAUUCCAGUGGGCGGUAAUGAGGUUAUGGUAGCAUGGAUAUGCAGUAAAACUAUUUGCGUAGUUUACAGACAGAAAUGCUACUUUUACAGCUCAGACUUUAUUAAAAAUUGUAAUUAAGGGAAAAUCCUUAUGACUUUAUCCAAAUGCUGUGACUUAUCAUAAAGGCAGUCUUACUGUGCCUUUCAUAAUUGGCAAUGACUUUUAGUCACCCAGCAAAUGAAAUAUUCCCUGUUAUGAUCUAGCAAAGACUGUAAAAGAAGUUGGCAGAAUGGAAAGCUCUGCGCCUAGCCUCAUAUUGUGUUAAAAUGUUCUAAAGAGCCCAAUAAAUGUUACCUCAUGUAUUUAAGAAUGUGUUUUAUUUGGGCUGUUUGUUUUGUUUCCUUUGGCAGGUUUUUGAUGUUUGAUUUUUUUCCGUUUCUGUUUGGUAUUUUGAAAUUAUUGGAUUGCGGGGGAGGAGUGUUAAACCCAUGAGCCAUGUAGCUUAGAUAAUCAGAAAAUAUGUGCUGUGACCAAUUCUCUGAAAUAGGUAUGGAUUAGCAGAACUAGCAGAAUAGCUCCAGACAAAAGACAUCUUAAAACAGACCUUAUUUGGAGGCGGGAGGAGAGCGUGUGCUGGGCUUGAUUUAAAACGUAUUUAUAAACUGUUCAAAAAUUGGUUUUGUUUUUGAUCAAAUUUUAUUUAUAAUUGCUCUUUAAUUUGCCUCUUGUAUGUGCUUAAUCUGCUCUUGUAAAGAGAAGCUCCGGUUGUAUCUUUUGUUUCUAGAAACUGUUCAGUUCUGUCAGUCGUGGGAAAAAGAAAUGUCGUCUUGUCUCUUCUGCAAUUAUGGUUUUAAAGACUGAUUUGCAAAGUAUACAGAUCUGUAGCAAAGGUUGAGCUGCCUCUUAUAUCAUCAUAACAUUGAAAUACGUUUCAGGCUUUUCGUUAUGCCUUCUUUUGCUACCAUUGUCGUUCCCUAUAGGCAGAUGUUUAAGCAGACUGCUACCCAGCAUUGUGUAUCUUUCUCUCAUGAAGGCUCUUUGGGCCACAGGAAUGAAGAUCAAGACAAGGAGACCUUGGCUGUGGUACAUUCAUGCCCUGUGUGAAUGUAUGUACUGUAGGUGAAAGAAUUAAUAACAUCAGGAGGAUGUUGUUCAAAAAUCCACCACUUUUAUUGCAUGGCAGUAAGUUGGCCUCGCAGUUAGCCCUUGGUAUUUGAAAGUGGAGUCCUUUUUUUUUUAAAGUGCCUCAAUUGGGAACGCAAAAUUGAUAUUACUAAAGAACCCUAAAUAUGCUGCAUUUUUUUUUUUGAAAGUUUAAUUCUUGAUUCUUUUAAAAAAGUGGAGUUCAUCUCCGGUUAGUGAUUUUUCUUGAACACCCUGAAGAAGGAUGAAAAGACUUGGUAGUGAUUGGGGGGGCCACCUGUGAAAACGCGAGCAGACUUGCUGCACCCUCCCAAUGUUUUGGUACAUGUCCUUGCUCCUUGCCUUUGGUAGCAGAAUAUUUAUCCCUUCCUGGGUAGGUUUUAGUGAACUUAAAUAGUAUUUCCUAUGGUAUGCCGUAUCCGAACUUUGAUUUUGUUACCAAAGUCAGUAGAUGGAAUUAAUCAUUCUUUGCCAUGCAAAAAUGUUGAUAUCAUGCCCUGAGGCAGUAUGUUAUCUUAAUGACAUAAUAAAACUGAAAGUUGUCCUUUUGUGCGUCAUACUGGAACAAAUGGUGUCUUGACCCUUCACUUCUAUGCUGCAUUUCUUUAGAGUGCUGUAGGAUUGCAGUGCACAGUUGGUGGGAAAGAUUUGCACCUCUCUUGGGUCACGAGACAUCUCAACUGUAGCCUUCUUAAAUUUUUCAGAAUUACAGGUUUUGGACUUGUGUGUGGUUAAAUUUUGCCGCAGUAUUCAGUUCACGGAAGUUACAUCACCACCUAUUCUUGAUGCCUCAGCUGCAAACUUGAAGCAUGUUUUUGAGGAGUAGAAAUGACUGCAUUGUAAAGUUAUCCAUUCAUAAUAAAAACCAAACUACUCAUGUUUAAAA